GCCACGUGUGUGCUUCAAAAUCAAAACAACAUCAACUGGUGAUCUCGGUUGCGUUUGAAAUCGUCUUUGACACAAUGGGUUUUACAAAAUAAUUAAAACUAGAUCGAUGAGCACUGAAUCUACUAUGGCCACUUCAUCAUCAGUUCCUUGCAUCCGUCAUGUGUUUCUCACAGGUUCUCCAGGAGUUGGAAAGACCACAUUGAUUCGUAAGGCUGUAGAACAACUUCAACAGAGCUCUGCGACAUUGCGAGGAUUCUACACUGAGGAGGUGCGAGUUGGGGGUCGGAGGACUGGGUUUGAUGUGGUUACAUUGAGUGGAAAGAGAGGACCUCUGGCAAGGGCUGGAGGAGGGAGCAGAGGGCCAAGUGUGGGUCAAUACACAGUGGAUUUGAGCUCAUUUGAAAGUCUUGCUUUUCCAGAACUGUCUGGCAAGGACCAUGUUGUAGCUGCCACUUCCAUGUUAGUCAUCGAUGAAAUCGGAAAGAUGGAGUUAUUCAGCCAAACCUUUAUCCAACUUGUGAGGAGACUUCUCAGCCAAUCAAGCUGCCCGAUACUUGGAACUAUACCUGUGCCUAAAGGAAAACCUCUGGGAUUGGUGGAGGAGAUUCGGAGCAGAACAGAUGUCAAAAUAUUUCUUGUCACUAAAGAGAAUCGAGGUGCUCUCCUUCCAGAAAUAGUCCAAGCAUUGAUGCAAGCAAGAACCAAUAUCACAUGACAAGUCACCUGACUAGUCAUAUGACAGUGUAUGUUUGUACACUCCAUAGCAGUCAAGGUUUCAGACCACUACCAUCCAAUUAUGUACAGUGGAUGCAUGAAGCAGUUCAAAUGAAGAUAGGAGUUUUGGAGCCAACUCUGAUUCAGUUUGGGAAAUCGUCAAACUGCCCACUGCUGCUUACUUCUAUGAGAACCAAAACAAAAUUUGAAAUUCCUUUAUAUUUAAAGGGGGAAGGAAGAGAUCUGGGUUGGCUAUUGGUGCGUUUGAUUAGCUUUCCGGUGUGGCGGUUUCAACUUUCCGCCGUGUUCAGUUUUCCGAAUGACCAAAU